CUCAGUCGUCGUUGGUUUGCCAAAAAGAAUAGGAUCACUUUUCCCUCGAAAAAUACCCGAGGAACUUCAGUUUGUUUACCGAACCACCGAAUCGCGGAGAUCAAGCGGAAAAUAGUUUAUAUAUUUUCUCUGUCUGGAAUUUGAGGAAUUUGUUUAUUGCGAAGCGUAAAUACUUAAUUAAGUGGCGCGAAUUCCGAACGUAACGUAAACAUGCAGGAGUUGAUUGUUGGAGGCGGAGGCAUCCGAAUCCCCUAUAAUGAUAAUGAGAAUGUCGAGAACGAGAAUCGCCAAAACAAGCUAAGUCCUGAGAAUCACACACCUUAUCCCGGUAUGUCUCGUCUUACCCCUUCCUUGAUCCUUUGCGGCGCUGCAGCGGUGGUACCCGCCUACAUGGACAAACUGGGCGUGAGCUGCGUCAUCAAUGUGGCUCCUGAGCUGCCCGACACACCACUAUCCAGUGAGAGGAGUCCCGUGUAUUUGCGAAUUAAUGCCCAGGAUCGAUCGGAGGUGGACUUGUCCAAGCAUUUUGAUGAGGUGGCAGACUUGAUAGAGGAAGUGCGUCUAACCGGAGGGUGUACCUUGAUUCACUGCGUGGCUGGGGUUAGUCGAUCGGCCAGUUUGUGCCUGGCCUACCUGAUGAAGCAUGCGGGAAUGAGCCUUCGCGAGGCCUACAAGCACGUCCAGUCCAUAAGGCCACAGGUUCGCCCGAAUUCAGGAUUCUUCCAGCAGCUACGGCGAUACGAGCAGGAGUUGCGUGGCACCAGCUCCGUGGCAAUGGUGUACUUUGCUUCCCUGGAUAAGGAGAUACCCGACAUACUAGAGCCCGAGUACAGAGCCAUGGAGGACUUUUAUCAACGUUACCGCAGCUCACUUAAAAAGCGCUAGGCCAGUCACCACACUUUAUCCCUCUAAUCUUAAUUGUGAUACUCGUUCCCUACCACCUAGACACUAGAUUAGCUUUUAGAAAGAUAACAACGGAAAUGCUGAAAAACUCACUUAACUAUAGAUUGAAAAAGAAUGUAUGAUUAAACUUUGAAUUACAAAUACA